GAACGCCUGCAAGCGAUCGCCGUAUCCAUCCCCUUGGACGUCUAUUUGAACAACGAAGAUCCCGAUCUGGGGAACGCGAUCGAUCAACCGGGUAACGUCCGGAUAGAUACGCUCAGUUUUGGCGGGGAGCGGAUGGCCGUCGAUAUGGAUAUUCGGCAUCCGAAGUGGGAGGUCGAGGUCCAGGCUCUGCGGUCGGAUUCUUCAUCGAUGACAGGACGGUAUAAGUUGGAGGAAGACGGCUGGCAGGUGACGAAGUGCGAAGUAUCCUACGUCCCUCUCGGAGGGAACGAGGUCCCCCCAGAACCCAUCGUCUUGCCCCGGAUGAGCGAGGUCUUGUCGUCCUACCUCGCUCGGUACAUCGGGAUCGUCAAUACGUACCAGCUGGAACAGCUUUCCCUGAACAACAAUGACAUCAACGACGAGGAGGGGGAGGAUGACGACUCGGUCCUCUCGAUCCCCUUUGCCGAAGAGACCGAAUCCCUCGCUUUGCAAGCAGAACGCGUGAUCAUCGCCUUUGGGGAGAACGUCGCUCAGAUCGCCUUGCUGGAUAAACGGAUGAAAAAGGUAGAAUUCCAGGCGACAUCGACAUCGACAUCGACAGAGCCUGCGACGCCCCGGCCUUUGACAGUGGAAGAACUGGAUGGGGAGAGGAAUUGGUUCGUCGAGGCUGAAGAGGUUGGGCGGAUGGUCGACGAAACGUCGGUGUCCCUACCGGGUAAUGUACACCGGCCGAAGCUACGGAGCGUCUUUCCGCAAUUUCGCCUGUUUUCAGCGGAAUCCAUGCCUAGCCCGACCUGCUCCUUGCAACCUCUUCCGAAAUCUCACGGACCGGUAGCCCUGUCUCAAUAUGUCAAGAAGAAUCAGGCCGACGACGUUCAAGGGAUGGAGGUCGAUCAGCCCAGACAAGACGCAAGUCGACUAGAUUCUAGCGGGUGGAUGUUGGAGAUCGACGAAGAGAUUGUGGUGGGACAAGAUCUCUUUUCCGACUCAACCGGAGCUGUGGAUCUACCGCAGAGUGCAUCUGCCGGCAGGGGUGGAACUGAUAUCGCCGAGCUGCUUGUUACCGAGCUGAAAUCGCCAAAUCAAAUCGAGUUUUCGCACCGGCCUACCCGCUCGGACCGUCGAACUCAGCGAUACGUCAACAUGAGGGGCGGUAUACCUGGAUUCAAGGUGUCUAGGUUUGCCUUACCCCGGGCUUCUUCAGCGGUCGCAGAGGUUGCGCCGAUCAGACAGGCCUUGCAACGAGCGUUAUGGCUGAACCGACUGUACACCUCUUGCUUCAAGCCUUCAAUGCGAUCUAAUCAACCGGCAUCUACUGUUAUAGAUGGAGGUGAAAAAGCCCUCGAUGCAGACCUUGAGCUUCUGAUGUCUGGGGAAACGCUGCCGACUACCGAGUUGUCGGUGACUGUCCAACGCACGACCGGAUCCUUACAACUGAGCUUUGCCUUGCCGGCUCAGCCUAAAAGUCCGACCUUACAAAUGGCCGUUGUCACAAUCACGCCUCUGAUCGCUGGAGCCUCUGACGUCGACUUUGACAUCCGAUUUGAGAUCAGGCCGUCAUCGCCAGAAGGGCUUGAUAUCGACUGCCGGGCGGCAAAGAUCGAGUUGAUCAAGGCAACUUACGACGUGCCUCGAUGGCUGGAAUGGCUUGAUGUAGUAGUUCGGAGCCGAUGACCCGCGAACAUCGAUAGAUCAACACGAUAACGCUUCUGCAGUGAAUCCUGAUUGCUAAGGCGAUUGACUUUUGCAUAUCUCGCGCGUGGAUUCGAGUUGGCUCCGUCGCCGACGAUCUGCGU